CCGUGCUGACAUGGACGCGGAUAACUCCUCCGACGGGGAGACAUGAUUCAAAUGUGUUUGCUUCCAAAAAGGUUCAAUGAAAGCUGGUAAGUGUAUGGAAACAUGCUAGCAGAGGUGAUGGUUGGAAACCUUGUAUAAACAUGAACUCAAGCGGUUUGCCUGAAUCUAAUGGUUACAUUUAUGUUGAAGCAAACGGUGGCUUGAAUCAGCAACGCACAUCGAUAUGCAAUGCAGUGGCGGUGGCUGGCUACCUUAAUGCUACGCUUGUAAUCCCAAAUUUCCACUAUCACAGUAUUUGGAGAGAUCCUAGCAAGUUCAGCGAUAUUUAUGAUGAAGCCUAUUUUAUUACAAGUCUGCAAAGUGAUGUACGGGUGGUUGAUAAAAUUCCAGAAUAUAUAAUGGAAAGGUUUGGUCAUAAUAUGAGCAAUGUUUACAACUUCAAGAUAAAAGCUUGGUCUUCUAUUCGCUAUUACAAGGAUGUUGUUCGUCCGAAGUUAAUUGAAGAAAGGUUUAUAAGGAUUUCUCCUUUUGCGAAUCGGCUGUCAUUUGAUGUUCCACCUGCAGUUCAAAGACUUAGGUGCUUGGCAAAUUUUGUAGCCUUAAGGUUUUCAAAUCCCAUUGCAAAUUUGGCUGAAAAGCUUGUUUCUCGAAUGAGAGAAAGGAGCAUAGAUAAUGGUGGAAAGUACAUUGCAGUUCAUCUGCGCUUUGAAGAGGAUAUGGUUGCUUUCUCGUGUUGUGUUUUUGAUGGCGGAGAGGAGGAGAGGCAAGACAUGAUUGCGGAAAGAGGUUGGAGAGGAAAGUUUACAAAACCUGGUCGGGUUAUUCGACCUGGUGUUAUUAGAACAAACGGAAAAUGCCCCCUCACACCCUUAGAAGUUGGACUGAUGCUCCGAGGCAUGGGAUUCACUAACAACACAUUGAUUUAUCUGGCUUCUGGGAAGAUAUACAGGGCAGAAAAGACCAUGCGUCCUCUUCUUGAAAUGUUUCCUCUUUUACAAACCAAAGAGACACUGGCAUCGGCUGAAGAGCUUGCUUCUUUUAAGAAUUAUUCCUCUAGAAUGGCUGCGCUAGACUACACUGUUUGUCUCCACAGUGAAGUUUUUGUUACAACCCAAGGAGGAAAUUUUCCACAUUUUCUGAUUGGCCACCGGAGAUUUCUAUACGGUGGACAUUCCAAAACUAUUAAACCUGACAAAAGAAAGCUAGCACAGCUAUUUGCUAAUCCUAAUAUCGGAUGGAAAAGCCUGAAGUGUCAAUUGGUAAGCAUGCGAUCUCAUAGCGAUGCGAAGGGCAUGGAGAUGAAACGACCAAAUGAUUCUAUAUACAGUUUUCCAUGUCCGGAUUGUAUGUGUCGCUCAAAUAAUACAGAAGUAUUGAAAUCCUCACCUGCGCGAUGAUACCAUGCCAAAUUCUGGCAAACUCUUACAUCCUAAUUCACUUAAUUUUUGAAUUGAAGUGGCACUCAUUCUUUGAUUGGCAUUCUGUCGGACGCUCCUGCAGAGAGCACAUUGCUCCUAUUCUUUUUUCCAGUGGGAUGAUUGCAUCCCUUUGUACAUUCUAAGAUCAACAGAGGAUGGCGAUAACUGUGCUUGGCCUGUGUUCAACAUUCAUUGCAUCUAAAAUACUGCCUCCUCGGUUUUGACACAGUAGCUGGCAGCUUGUAUAUGAAUUGAUUUUUUUGGUUCAGCAUAAUGGUUGCAGAUUUCAGCGAGAGAGGGAAUAGGGUUUUGUUUUAGUUUUACAGCUUGUGGGGCCGAGCUUUUUUUUGGGUCUCAUAUUAUUUUGGUGUAUUUGGUCAUGCUCCCAUUGAAGUUUUGUAUUAGUUUUAUGCUGUUGAAACAAGCUUUUUUUUGUGUAUUACUUUGUCAUGAACAGAAAGGCCAUGCCAGACUAGCUAAUUAAAGGAAACUUUCUUCAAGU